UAAAAAAAAUAUCAGCUUUCAAUCUCAUUUUCUCUGAGCAUUCAUCAAUCAAUCAUCAUUCAAUUUAGACAUUUAGCUUAAGAAGAUAAGCCAAAUGGCUGAUGCACUUCGUGUUCCUUUUUCAGUUCUCCAAUCAUCACCAUCGCCAUCGCCACUCUUCAAGCCACGUCUUUGUCCUCUAACUCCUUUACGACGUCGUCUCCAUCUCAAACCAAGCCCUCUUCUCCUUCCUCUCUUCUCUUCUUCUUUCCCUUCCUUUCCCAGACAACCCCUUCAUUGCUCUUCCUCUUCCAUGCCCCUUCAACUCUCCUCUUUGUCUCAGGACAGUUUGUUGUUUUCGAGGGCAUAUUGGGUUACAAAAACUGUAAUCGCCUGGAAUGUUGAUGUUGGAGAAGGUUCUUGCUACUUGUAUGCAAGUAAAGUUGCUGCUUUGUCUGUUACAGAUAAUGGAAUUCAAGGCCAUGAUUUGGAAAUUAAGCUUGAGGAGGACAGCAGUGGGUUACCUCCAAAUGUAAUUGAGAAGUUUCCUCAUAUUCGAGAUUAUAGAGCUUUUAAAUUGCCUCCCACUCUGGAUGCCAAAAAUCUCGUUAAAUGCCAAUUAGCGGUUACUGAAUUCAACUCACGUGGAAAAUGCAGUAAUGUGACUGGUUUGCAAUUACCUGGUAUCCUGGAUGAAUUGUUCUCAUAUGAUGGUCCUCUUGGUGCUCUUUAUUCGGCAGAAGCAGUGUCUCUAUACCUCUGGGCUCCCACUGCUCAAGCAGUUGAUGCUCACAUCUAUAAGGAUCCAGUGGUUGGGAGUCCCCUGGAAAUUAUCCCACUGGAGGAAACUAAUGGUGUUUGGAGUACUAAAGGACCAAAAAGUUGGGAAGGCUGUUACUAUGUAUAUGAAGUAUCAGUUUAUCAUCCUAGCACGUUGCAUAUUGAAAAAUGUUAUGCAAAUGAUCCUCAUGCAAGAGGGCUUUCAGCUGAUGGAAGGCGAACUUUGUUUGUUGAUCUUGAUGCUGAUGAUAUAAAACCUGAAGGAUGGAAUGAAUUGGCAGACAUGAAGCGUGAUAUACCUUCCUUCUCCGACAUAAGUUUAUAUGAAUUACACAUACGGGAUUUCAGUGCCAAUGAUGAAACUGUUUCUCGUGACUUUCGUGGUGGUUAUAUGGCUUUCGCUUUGCAGGACUCAGCAGGCAUUCUUCAUUUGAAAAAAUUAUCGGAAGCUGGUAUUACUCAUGUUCAUUUGCUGCCGACCUUCCAAUUUGCUGCCGUCGAUGAUGAGAGGAAGAAUUGGAAGUAUGUGGAUUCUAUGAUUCUGGAGAAGCUACCACCAGAUUCAGCAGAACAGCAAGCGCAAAUUACUGCAAUCAAGGAUGAUGAUGCGUAUAACUGGGGCUACAAUCCUGUUCUCUGGGGUGUCCCUAAGGGAAGCUAUGCAAGCAACCCAAAUGGUCCAUGCCGUAUAAUUGAGUUUAGAAAGAUGAUUCAGGGACUCGCGCAUAUUGGCCUUCGCGUAGUGCUGGAUGUUGUCUAUAAUCACUUGCAUGCAAAUGGUCCUUUUGAUAAGGAUUCUGUUCUUGAUAAGAUUGUACCAGGUUACUAUCUGAGAAGAAACACAGAUGGGUUUAUUGAGAACAGUACAUGUGUCAACAAUACUGCUAGUGAGCAUUAUAUGGUUGAGCGCCUUAUUAUUGAUGAUCUUUUGAGCUGGGCAAUAAAUUACAAGGUUGAUGGGUUUCGUUUUGAUUUGAUGGGUCACAUCAUGAAACGUACGAUGGUGAAAGCAAAAGAUGCGCUUUGUAGCCUAACAAAGGAAAGGGAUGGGGUUGAUGGUUCAAGAAUUUACCUAUAUGGUGAAGGAUGGGACUUUGGUGAAGUGGCAAAAAAUGGGCGUGGGAUUAAUGCUUCUCAAUUUAAUAUUGGCGGGACUGGAAUAGGAAGUUUUAACGAUCGGAUUCGGGAUGCAAUGCUUGGUGGGUCUCCUUUUGGUCAUCCUCUUCAGCAGGGAUUCGUGACAGGCCUGUUGUUGGAGCCUAAUGGUCAUGAUCAUGGUACAAAGGAUGAUGAAAAAGCGAUGCUUGCUUCAGCGAAAGACCACAUCCAGGUUGGUAUGGCUGCAAAUUUGAGGGAUUUUGUGCUUACUGAUUUUGAAGGAAAAGAGAGGAAAGGAUCUGAAGUUCUUUCUUUUGGUGGGACACCUGUUGGUUAUGCUUUAUGCCCCACAGAAACGGUCAAUUAUGUUUCUGCUCAUGACAAUGAAACCCUCUUUGACAUUAUCAGUUUGAAGACUCCAGUGGAAAUAUCGGUGGAAGAUAGGUGUAGGAUGAAUCAUUUUGCAACAAGUGUAAUUGCAUUGACGCAGGGAAUACCAUUUUUCCAUGCUGGGGACGAAAUGCUUCGCUCAAAAUCACUAGAUCGUGAUUCGUACAAUUCUGGUGAUUGGUUCAAUAGACUAGACUUCAUGUACAAUUCUAACAACUGGGGAGUUGGACUUCCUCCAAAAGAGAAAAAUGAACAUAGCUGGCCACUAAUACAGCCAAGACUGGCAAAUCCAUCCUUCAAGCCUCAAAGGAGCCACAUUCUUGAAGCUGUAGAGAACUUUACAAAUGUCUUACGUAUUCGGUAUUCUUCGCCUCUUUUCCGUCUAAGAACAGAAAAUGCUAUCCAGGAACGUGUACGGUUCCACAACACUGGUCCAUCAUGGGUCCCUGGCAUCAUUGUGAUUAGCAUUGAAGAUGGUAACGAAGGUGUCCCAGGGCUCUCCCAAUUAGAUCCCAUCUUUUCGUACAUUGUUGUGGUCUUCAAUGCAUGUCCAACGGAGGCAUCAUUUAGUAGCCCUACACUGCAAGGAAGGACUCUUCAACUUCAUCCCAUACAGGUGAAGUCAAGUGAUGAAACAGUUAAGAAGUCAUCGUACGAUGCAUCCUCGGGGUGUUUCACUGUGCCAGCGAGGACGACAUCCGUGUUCGUUGAGUCUAGAAAAGCAUGAGAAGUUUGCGGUCUUGAAUGUGUCUGGACAUGCAUAAUACUGAGGCAAAAUUUGCAUGGUAAUGAGUUGCCAUAUUAUAUGCGUAAUAAUGAGUUGCUCAAUUAUAUUAC